GGCAGUAGGUGAGGGGAAGGCGGCCAGACGGGAGCAUGGUCGCGGCUUCGCAGCAGCAACAGCAGCAGCACCGCUACCACAACCAGCAGCAGCCGCCUCCGCCGCGCCGCGCCUCUCUGCCCGGCCUCCAGCGCGGCUCCCGCCGCCCGCAGCCGCGCGGGGCUCUGCGUUAGCGGCGCGGAGGCUGCGAUGCGCAAACCUCCGCCCGCCGCCUCCGCGCAUCCCCCCGCCGCCUGAGGCCCCGCGCUGCCGGCCCAGGGCCGCCCGCGCCCCGCGGAGGGAGGUAAUCUGGCUUCCCAGAAACCUCCUGCUAAAUGCAAGGAUUUGCUGUCCUGUUUACUGACUAUUACACCUGAGGCUGAUUUUGAUACACAUUCUGGAUAUCAUAGGGCAAGGUCUCAAGUUCCCCGUGAGCAGAAGUUGCCCUACAUCGAGAUGUCACGGCACCACAGCCGGUUUGAACGAGAUUAUCGGGCCGGGUGGGAUCGUCGGGACUGGAGCUCCAACGGCAACCACGUCAGCAGCACCAACUGCAGCAGCGCUGCCAGCACCAACAGCAACAAUCGCCCUGGGCUUCUGCCCCUGCCCAUCGUCCCCUCCCGGCUCCCCACUCCAGCCACAGCUACUUGCACCACCGUCAGCAGCGAUGUGAUCACGAGCCUGGUGGCCAACUCGUCUCCAGCUUCGACUACCAAAUGUCGUGCGCUGAUGUCCUUGGUGUCCUGGAGCAGCAAGUGUCGCAGCCGGGACCUCGGUUCCAUACCUCAGCUCCGGUCUCUGAUGUUCUCGCUGAGAAACGAAGGCAGCUGGACACCUUGCAUUUCCAAGACUGAAAAUCAGCCUCAAGGACUUGCAACUAGCGUUAGGUGGGGACAGACACCCAUCAAUCAGUCUACACCUUGGGACACUGAUGAGCCACCAUCUAAACAGAUGAGGGAGAAUGAAAACCCAGGUGCAGCUCCCUGGGUCACCACGGUGGCAGCCGGCAGCCAGCCCGCCCUCAUCACACACUCCUACGGGAUGACGCAGCCGCCCACCUUCAGCCCGGCCGCGAACGUCCAGGCCCCCGUCAUCGGCGUCACGCCUUCCCUCCCUCCGCACGUCACUCCCCAGCUCCCACUGAUGCCGGCCCACUACCAGCUCCAGCCGCAGCCCUCCCAGCCCCUCAGCAACAUGGUGGUCAACCUCCAGAGCCAGCCCUUGUACACCAACAGCCAGCCCCUCAGCAUGUCCUCCAUGAGCGGCGUGGGGCCGGUAGCCCACCCGAGCCCCGGGGUGGUGGGAAACGGCCACCUGGCCUGCCCCAUGCUGCCGCCGCCGCCUCCAGCUCUGCCCUCCGCCGCUUUGCCCAGCAACGCACCCGCCACCAAUGGGCAGGUGGCCGCCCCAAUGCCCCCCAACGCAGCGGCGGGGCCGGACAACACGAACGGGGUGCAGAUGCUGCGGACAAUCGGCGUGGGGAAGUACGAGUUCACGGACCCCUGGCACCCCAAAGAAAUGUUGAAGGAGUUGAACCAGCAACGCAGAGCGAAAGAGUUUACAGACCUGAAAAUUAUUGUUGAAGGCAAAGAGUUUGAAGUCCACCAAAAUGUUCUAGCUUCCUGCAGCUUGUAUUUCAAGGACCUGAUUAAAAGGUCACCAAGAGACAGUAGCAGAAGUGGGGAGAAGCUGGAAUUGGCCAUGUCCAACCUCACUGCGGAUGUCCUGGAAUUACUCCUGGAGUUUGUUUAUACAGGUUCUUUGAUCAUAGAUUCAGCCAAUGCAAAAACUCUCCUGGAAGCUGCCAGCAAGUUCCAGUUUCACACUUUCUGUAAAGUCUGCGUUUCAUUUCUAGAGAAACAGCUGACUGCUAGCAACUGCUUAGGAAUAUUAGCCAUGGCUGAAGCCAUGCAGUGCACUGAACUAUACAACAUGGCCAAAGCAUACGCCCUGCAGAUUUUCCCAGAGGUGGCAAACCAAGAGGAGAUCCUUAAUAUCUCAAAAGACGACUUCAUUUCCUAUAUGUCCAAUGACAGCCUGAACACCAAAGCAGAGGAGCUGGUGUAUGAAACAGUGAUAAAGUGGAUUAAGAAGGACGCUGCAAUCAGAGCUCAGUACGCCGCGGAGCUGCUGGCGGUGGUGCGUCUCCCCUUCAUCCAUCCCAGCUAUCUGCUAAAUGUUGUUGACAAUGAGGAGCUGAUAAAGUCUUCGGAGGCCUGCCGGGAUCUGGUGAACGAAGCCAAGCGUUAUCACAUGCUGCCGCACGCCCGGCAGGAGAUGCAGACACCGAGGACCCGGCCCAGGCUCUCUGCAGGCGUAGCUGAGGUGAUAGUCUUAGUUGGGGGCCGUCAGAUGAUUGGCAUGAACCAACGUGCUUUAACAGCGGUCACUUGCUUAAAUCCUCAAAACAACAAGUGGUACCCUUUGGCCAGCCUGCCCUUCUAUGAUCGGGAGUUCUUCAGCGUGGUCAGUGCUGGAGACAACAUUUAUCUUUCAGGCGGCAUGGAGUCGGGUGUCACACUGGCUGACGUCUGGUGUUACAUGUCCUUGCUCGAUAACUGGAACCUCGUGUCCCGGAUGACAGUCCCCAGGUGUCGACAUAACAGUCUGGUGUACGACGGGAAGAUUUAUACCAUCGGAGGGGUCGGCGUGGCAGGCAACGUUGACCAUGUGGAAAGGUACGAUACCAUCACCAACCAGUGGGAGACCAUCGCUCCUCUGCCCAAAGCUGUGCACUCAGCUGCUGCUACAGUCUGCGGUGGGAAGAUCUAUGUCUUCGGUGGGGUGAACGAAGCCGGCCGAGCUGCGGGGGUCUUGCAGUCCUACAUCCCUCAGACCAAUUCAUGGAGUUUUAUAGAGUCUCCAAUGAUCGAUAACAAAUAUGCUCCUGCAGUCACUCUCAAUGGGUUCAUCUUUAUUCUUGGAGGAGCUUAUGCACGAGCAACCACCAUCUAUGACCCAGAGAAAGGCAAUAUUAAAGCAGGUCCCAACAUGAACCACUCCAGGCAGUUCUGCAGGAAAUCCAGAAAGAUCACCCCUUUCAUAUCCCAGAAGACAGUGCACAUCACUUUACCUGCAGAGAGCUGCAUCUGGAACCUUUUCUUUGAUGAGGAAUUCAUGCUGCCACACCAAGAACUGCUGUUUCGACUCCAGCUCAUACUGUUGACACCACAUCUCAUCACUGGCAAUGAUAUGUUCAGGAAAUCAUCACCUGCACCCUCAUAUUGGGUCAGUAGGUCCUAACAAACUUGCGCACAGAGUUCUUUCUGUUCCUGUGUAAGCAUUCAUGGGACCCACCUGGCACAGCCUUUGCGAUAUCCCAACAUUGCCACGAUCAUUUUCAACACACUGAGGUCAACAUUCUGCUUUGUACACAGUAUCCUGAUCAUAAUCUACCAACGUAUGUGGAUGAGCUGAUUAAGACACUCUUCAUUUCGUGGUGUUACAGCUGUGCAUGGCUGUCCUGAAUGUGGCUUAUCUUUUGUGUUGCUGUCACCACUGCUGAAAUGCACCAACCACCAUCUCUCUGUGCUACAUUCGCUGUUUGGUCUCCUUAACUGUUCAACAAGUGGGUGCCAUUCUGGAGGAAUUCAGUGACACAGCUUUGCUUCAUACACACUUCCAUAUCAGGCACCAUUCUGUCCGACUGCCUCUCUGCUGCCAUGUGUCACAAGGCAACAAAAUGUGACUGGAUAUUGGUGGGAAGGUUCAGCCUCUACUGCCAUUCCACCAGCAUCCUCUGAUGUCUCUGCAGCCUCUGAUGUCGUGGGCUGACAUAAUGAAAUAGGAGACAUUAUUUUCGGAGCCGACUUCGUAGAUGAGACUGCUGAAGUAGCGAAGUGUCAAACUGAAUGAUCUGACGGAUAGUUUGUGCUUGCAUUUGGACCGAAGCAAGCAGCUUUGGUUCCAUCAUAUACUGUGAAUGGACCAACAGUGAAAAAGGUCAGCAAUUAAGUAGUCAAAGCAGGCAAGCUGGUCGCGGUUCACCCAGGCCCCUUUACAGCCUUAGCAGAGAAGCUGUUUGAACCACCGCUGUUGAUUUGUAACAGCUCUUACAAUUCAGGGGGAUUCAGGUGGAUCGGGGCACUGCCGAAGCUUUUCCUGUAUUUUGAAAAAGGUGAAAGGCAGAUUUUUAGUGUGGCAGUUAAUUUUGCAAAGAAUCGGCAGCAGGCUAAGUGGUCUCGCAUUUAGUCUGAUGUUGGUCCUUGGACGAAUAGCAGAGAGGUUAAUUUGGGAUUUCUUCAACAGAUAACUAGAUACUAAUAAUUAAAUGAACAGCAAUCAAUGCGUUUUCCUGGAAAACAGGACUUUGUCAAGCAAACCUUCUGUCUUUCAGUUUUGGGGUGGGAGUUGGGUUCUUUGUUUUGUUUUUUAAUAAAACACGCCUGGCUGCUCAAGACAACUGUGGAGCUGUAAUGUACUGCGAUUUCUCCCAGGUAUUUGGCUGGUAUUACAUGGAAUUAACACGGCACACAUUAGAGAGAUUAAAUCUGCUUCACUGACAGAUCUCAAAAUGUAGUUGUUAAUGAGAAGAUAUCAUUGAGAAAGGCCAUCAGCAACAAGCAUUAAAUCUUCUUCAGUGCUAGGUAAUAUUUCUACCAGCGAUCCAGGUAAUAGAAAAACUCCCCUGGUAAGGUUGCAGGUGGUGUAACAUUUGGUGGGGUUACAAAUACUACAGAAUGAGCAAUAUCUGCAUGUCCCAGUUAGGCAGUCUCAAGCUAGCAGUGGUGGUGUAAAUGCAAAGCAAUGCAUUUAAGAAGCACAGUUGCAGCUGCACCUGCCCAAACUCCCUUUAGAAAGCCACGGAGGAGGAGCUAACAGAGGCUGCUCAGAGCUGCACAAUGUGAGCUCUCACUGCAAUGCUGUGGAUAAAAGUCAGUGUGAUACUGGAUGUAGCACAUGAGCUGUAACAGAGGAAUGAGAACAAGUUGGGAAGAGGAAGCAGUGCUGUAUUGCAAACCAUAGGGGCUGGAAGGGACCUCUGGAGAACAUCUAGUCCCUAGAGAAGGUUGCACAGUAAAGCAUCCAAAUGGGUUUGAGUUGCUCCAGGAGAUUCCACCACCUCUCUGGGCAGCCUGUUCAGAGCUCUACCACCCUCACAGUAAAGAUCUUCUUCGUGUUCAUAUAGAGCUUCCUGCGUUGCAGUCUCUGCCCAUUGCCCCGAAAAGAGCCUGGCUCCAUCUGCUUGACUGCCAUCCAUUAGACAUUUAUAAGCAUUGCUAAGAUCCUCCCAGCUUUCUCUCUUCACACAAAAUAUAUGAAUUUUUAUACGAAUUUUAAGGAGUUAUAAAAGAAAAGCUGAGAGGUUACUCAAUCACUGGGAGCAAGUGGAAGAGCUUUCGGUCUCAGCAGAUGAAGGCACAGUGGGUUACAAGGGCCAGAAAGUGACAUUAUGCAUCUGAGCCUUCCAGCAAGGCACUACACUACCAGCAAUCAGACAGCGAGCCGCCGGGGCCGAGCACACCACCACGGUGUUUGUAUGAGAAGAUUAGAUGUGCUCCCAACAGAGAGGCUGCCUGGGGAAAAGUCUGUGGCCUUAUACACAAACUGAGAAUGACUGCGCGCUGAGGUCCCUCCAGACCUCAGUCUCUGAGUCUACAAAUUCCUCAUUCCUCUCAUUAGCUGGGAUCACAAAAACACGCUUUAAAAGCAGCAACAUAAACAACUUAAAAAUUAACCAUGUGCUAUUGAUCUCCUCUCAACAGGAAUCACACACCACCAAAUUUGCUGGGAAAAUCUUGACCGUAUCACCUCUGUUCUUACCUGCACUGCUUUUACAUGAUAAGUGGGAUUGCUUAGACAACAGGGAAGAUAAAUGCACGUGGUAUUCCCUGCGUAGCACAUGUGAAAACAGAGAGGUCCAUUGGAACUGUUUUAAUAUCCAGCUAAAUUGCUCUUAAUGAAAAACUAAAAAUAAACAGCUCAGAUCUCCAGCUCACGCCUCUCCUGAGCACCCACUUUCAGGUUGAGCCUGGUCUUGUGGAAGUGGGUAAGAAUCUUUCAGAUUGGAAAGGAGCACUAAGACCAUCAAGUCCAACCACCUACCACCAAUGUUGUUCACAAAACCAUAUCCCUCAGUGCCACGUCUCCACGUUUCUUGAACACCUGAAAUUCGUGUUGACCUAGAAUCAACCCAUUGAGGGAUGCUGCCAAGCGGGCAAAGCGUGCUAAAAUGCCAUGGCCAGUGUCUUGACGGGGCACCUUGAAGGGUACGUGGGGGCCUGAGCUGGGCAGCCUCCCUGUGUGGGUCAGGGCUGUUCCUUCCUGCAGUGCCCUUCAAGGGGUUAUUUUUCCACAAGCAAAAAGAAUACAGAAUGCAUGCCAGCGUAUCAUUAAAAAUUCCAUCUCCUGCUUGCUUGGAAUGCAGGCAGCGUGCACACAGAAGUGCGCUACAGCGAUCCUCCGCGGGGGAACGGCGGCAGCGUGGUGGUGCCAGCAAUAAUUCCAGAGCAGCUAAUUUAGUACCAGCAAUUCCCAGUAGGUACCAGAAAAGCAUUUUCUUCCUCCUCCUCCUCUGUUAACCAGCAAGAUUUAUUAGAUUGGUUCUGCCGAAUGGAAAUCUUUAAUAAAACUUAGAGUGGGGCUGAAAAGUACAACAAGAACAGGGUUCGUUUGUGAAUGUAUUUUAUUUUUUCCCUCUCCUUUCUAAAUAAGCCCUUGUUCUUGAAGCACGGUGGCUCCUGUGCUUGCUGAUGUAUGGCACUGGCUGCAGGCUGAUUCAUUUCCUUGUUGCAAAGUUUGCGGUGACCUGGGGUGCUGGCUGGGUCAGAUCACAGCUCGUGUGGGCAGCUGCUCCCCAGUGAUGUUAUUACACAGCUCCUUAAUGGCCACGCACGUCUCGAGGCCACAGAUGCGCCGCUCUCGCAGCACGCAGCGCUUGCAGUUGGGCCAGAAGGGAAAACCUACAUCUUGCAGCACGUCUGAAGGAGAUGUGUGGCUGGGACUGCGUGAGGCAGACAGCUGAUGGGAACUGCAGCACCAGGCUAAUAGCAAUGAUGGCUGCAGCAGCUUGCGACACGAAGGAUUUCUGUGUGCAUUAAGGCGUAACUGAUACAUACAGAGCACUUGAGCCAUUACUGAUGUGCAGCGGGCUUUGGAAUAAAACAUUGCUGGUUUUCAGCAACAAGUAACAAUGCCACACAAUGGUUUUGGAUCAUUAGCAGGGGAAAGUGCUCACGGAGUACGGGAGAGUCUAACUGGAGUUUGGCCAAAACACUCACACUAAUAAUCCUGCUCCAAGAAGUGGCAUGAUAGCCUUCUAAUUGCCCAUGACUAAUCUGGACCCUCGUUUAUCCGUCUCAUUGUAAAGCUGACACCCCUGGCAGCCCGAGCUCGAGCUUCUUGCGCAUAACAGCCCAGCUGCUAACUGACCACAAAAAGCUACGAGCUCAUGACAGCGCUUUGGCACCCUGAGCACAACGAUUCACCACCCUCCAUCUCACAAACGCUCAAUGGGACAGGCCACUGCAAAGCAAGAGCUGCCCUCCUUCGUUAGACCUUUGUGAAGACUGAGGGCAGGAAAGAAAUUCAUCCACUAAUAAACACUGAGAUUUUUCUCUGUCUUCCAAGCAAAAUUCCAUCGAUAAAUCUGAUAAUAUUUAAUAACGUUUUUGCAUCUGUUUAGAAUAAAUCAGUGACUCCUUGUGCACACAGGCACAAGUGAGGCAGGAAAGGAGCUUUGUUUGCAGCCUCAGAACAUAUUAAGUCUUGGUGAAUCAAAACAACAUGCUAAUUCAGCUGCUUCAAAUCUGUUUCACAACUCCAGACAAGACAAGAUUCUUUCUUCUUUUCUUUUCUAAGAGUUCCUGAUAAGGCUGAUGUGAUCUUUCGUACUAAGCAGGAAAUUUUAAAAUAACAAUAACAAACAAAAUGAACAAACUUCUCUGGUACUCCCUCCACUUGGUGUUGUUGUAAUGCCAUCGAUAUUACGAGAGAGAUGUGUGGGAGCUGGAGUUUCCAGGCAUCCAACCUCACAAAUGCCAAGAGCUGAGGCACUGAUGUGGAAUCACAGAAUGGACUGGGACAGAACAGACCUUAAAGUCCACUCAUGGCAGGAUUGCUCCUCAUCAGAUCAGGCUGCCCAGGGCCCCAUCCAUCUUGGCCUUGAACAUCUCCAGGAGUUGGACAUCCCCAGCAACUCCAUCAGGAGACUUUUAAUGAAAAGCAGAGGGCUCACAACACCCUCCAGAGGAACAGUGCCACCAAACCAUGGCAGCUCAUUCCACCACUGGCUCUGUAGCCAGGGCUCCAUGCUGGAGUGUGAUACAGGGAGGGUUCACAGGGACAUCAAUUGGCAGAGCAGCAGACAGCAAAGCUGGUGAUCCCAUGUGAUCAAAUAUACUUUUUAAAAAGCAAAGUCAAUGAUUCAUUUUACCCAUCAAGUUCUUGAAUGGCCAGCUGUCACAGAGAUCAUCUCUGCCACCUGUUUGCUUAAGCUGAGACACCAUCCUUUCAGGUACCUCAGCUGCUGUUAGGAUCACGGUGCACAGCUUCACAGAGGUCAGCAGACAGGCUGGACUAGAGGUGGCUGUGUCAGGGGACAGUCAUGGUGUGGUCCUCUGUUGUCCUUAUGGUUUGGGCAGUCGCAGUUGCUACCUUGGGUGAGUUGGCUGCAGGGCGAUAGGUGAAGGCUCUACAGCAGUAAUUAUCUGGGGAGUAGAAAAGAGGGCUAUAAUUUGCAAAAUGCUGAAACAUAUUUUCCUGGAAGGCAUGGAUAAAGCGACCUCCAUUCCAAUGACCAUUACCUUCACCCAGGGCACGCUGCUGGACUGGAGCAGGUCUGGCUGCUCUUUAGCUGGAGAGGUCACUGCUCUGGAGCUGCUGGGGGUUUGUGUCUUCCACAGCAAGGUUACGUGGUGCGGAGCUUCGUUCCUGCCCAGGUUCUGACAACCCAUAAUCAUUUUAUCUCUCAGUAUUAAUGGCACCGAGCAAUAAACUUGCAUCCUAAUUAUUGUAAUUAUUUCUUUCUUCGUACGUCAGCCUCAGUAAUGAUGGUUUUACAGCCGAUGGGGUGGAAGGGAGAAAAGAAAUAUUGUCACAGUAAUGAAGAGAGAGCAAUGAGCAUUCUCCUUUCCACUCACUUUCCUUAGGGUUUUGAAGCCCACUUGAGUUUCCUGCCCCCUAAAGUCCCAGAAAUUAACAGUGAUUGCCCUAAUAUUGGAAAGUAGCGGUAAUCUAGGACUCAGUUUCUAACUGACCUUAAGUACCUGCCUCCUGCUUUAGCCCUGGAGGUGCCUGAAUAUCUCCACAUCUCCUGCACACGUAAGUAUUGGCUGCACUCUCCAGAACUGCCUAUUUCUUGGUAGCAGGAGGAGCUCCCAGGCUUGGCUCACAUGCUAAGUGCUAUGCCAGUCUUAGCUGUGGGA